AUGCUCAAUAUUCUCGUUUUAGGAAACGGUGCAAGAGAACAUGCUCUUGUCGCCAAACUGGUUCAAUCACCUAGCGUGGCCAAAAUCUACGUCGCUCCAGGUAAUGGAGGGACUGCAACUAUGGAUCGUUCGCGUGUGGUGAACUGGGACGUUACUCCAGACGUCGCCAAUUUUUCUCGUUUACAGUCGAUGGCCGUGGAGCAUAAGAUCAAUUUGGUCAUCCCAGGCCCGGAAUUGCCUCUAGUCAAUGGCGUUACCACUGUGUUCCACAACGUGGGUAUCCCCGUUUUUGGACCCUCCGCCAAAGCUGCCCAGUUGGAGGCUUCCAAGGCUUUCUCCAAGAGAUUUAUGUCCAAGCACAACAUUCCAACUGCGUCUUAUGAUGUCUUCACCAACCCAGAAGACGCUAUUUCAUUUUUGAAAGCACAUCCUGGCAAGGCCUUUGUCAUUAAGGCCGACGGGAUUGCUGCAGGUAAGGGUGUUAUUAUUCCAUCUAACAUCGACGAGUCCAUCCAGGCUAUCAAGGACAUAAUGGUCACCAAGCAGUUUGGUGAGGACGCGGGCAAACAGGUUGUCAUCGAGCAAUUUUUGCAAGGUGACGAAAUCUCUCUACUCACUAUUGUUGAUGGGUACUCUCAUUUUAACCUUCCCGUCGCUCAAGAUCACAAGAGGAUCUUCGACGGUGACCAAGGUCUAAAUACGGGUGGGAUGGGUGCUUAUGCUCCUGCUCCCGUGGCCACACCAUCUCUAUUGAAGACUAUAGAUUCACAGAUCGUGAAACCUACAAUCGACGGAAUGAGACGUGAUGGUAUGCCAUUUGUUGGUGUUCUUUUCACUGGUAUGAUUUUGGUGAAGGACCCCAAGACAAAUAAGCUCGUUCCUGAAGUUCUAGAAUAUAACGUAAGAUUCGGUGACCCAGAGACACAGGCUGUUUUGAGUCUACUCGAUGACCGAACAGAUCUAGCACAAGUGUUUUUGGCUGCCGCCGAACGCCGCUUGGAUUCUGUCAAUAUAGGUAUUGAUGACACUAGAUCCGCAGUUACUGUCGUAGUGGCUGCAGGUGGAUACCCCGAAUCAUACGCCAAGGGUGACAAGAUCACUCUGGAUACCGGCAAAUUGCCACCACACACACAAAUCUUCCAUGCAGGUACUAAAUACGACGCCGACACUGACUCUCUAUUGACUAACGGUGGUAGAGUUCUUUCCGUGACGUCCACAGCCCAGAACCUGAAAGCUGCGGUAGAUACGGUAUACGAGGCCGUCAAAUGCGUCCAUUUCCAAAACGCUUACUACAGAAAGGACAUAGCAUACCGUGCUUUCCAGGACUCAGAGUCAUCAAAGGUUGCUAUCACGUAUGCAGACUCUGGUGUCUCCGUCGAUAACGGGAACAACCUUGUGCAAACCAUCAAAGAAAUGGUCAGAUCCACAAGAAGACCGGGUGCGGAUUCGGAUAUUGGCGGUUUUGGCGGUUUAUUCGACUUGGCUCAAGCCGGUUUCCGUCAAAACGAAAACACUCUACUAGUAGGUGCCACUGAUGGUGUUGGUACCAAACUGAUCAUUGCCCAAGAAACAGGGAUACAUAACACCGUCGGUAUUGACCUGGUGGCCAUGAACGUCAACGAUUUGGUGGUCCAAGGUGCUGAACCGCUAUUCUUUUUGGAUUACUUUGCCACUGGUGCUCUUGACAUCCAAAUUGCUUCUGAUUUCGUGUCAGGAGUAGCUAAUGGGUGUAUUCAAAGUGGUUGUGCCCUCGUGGGUGGUGAAACUUCUGAAAUGCCCGGUAUGUACCCGCCAGGUCACUACGAUACCAACGGUACCGCUGUCGGCGCCGUAUUAAGACAGGAUAUUCUACCCAAGAUAAACGAAAUGGCCGCAGGAGAUGUUCUUCUGGGUCUUGCCUCUAGUGGUGUUCAUUCUAAUGGUUUUUCCUUGGUCAGAAAGAUUAUUCAACACGUCGCGUUACCAUGGGAUGCUCAAUGUCCAUGGGAUGAAUCUAAGACGCUGGGUGAAGGUAUUCUUGAACCAACAAAAAUCUACGUCAAGCAGUUGCUACCAUCAAUCAGACAAAGGCUGCUCUUGGGUUUGGCUCACAUCACAGGUGGUGGUCUAGUAGAGAAUAUCCCAAGAGCUAUUCCAGACCAUCUACAAGCCCACGUUGACAUGUCCACUUGGGAAGUACCCCGUGUAUUCCAGUGGUUCGGUCAAGCAGGUAAUGUACCACACGAUGACAUUCUAAGGACCUUCAACAUGGGUGUUGGUAUGGUCUUGAUAGUCAAGAGAGAAAACGUCAAAGCUGUCUGUGAGUCAUUGAUCGAAGAGGGCGAAACCGUUUGGGAACUUGGUUCUCUGCAAGAAAGGCCAAAGGAUGCCCCCGGUUGUGUAAUCGAAAAUGGAACUAACCUUUACUAA